AUGGUCAAACUUGAAGAAGUCUCUGCUGAACAAUUCGAAGAAGUUGAUGUUACCAGUGAAUCUGAUAAUGACUAUUCCGACUUUUCUGACGACGACGAUUAUGAAGACGAUGAAGACGAAUCUGUGUUGGAUAGAUUAGUGGCUUUAAAAGAUAUUAUUCCCUUGAAACAUAGAACAAAGAUCUCCAACAGUGUAUCGUCUUUGACCUCGUGGGGUAAAACAGGAAUCACAUUUGUCGGUAAAAGCGCUUGGGUGAUUACUACAUCCAUGUUCUUGUUGGUUUUACCUUUGGCUUUGGAAAUUGAAAAAGAGCAAGCUUUGGUUGCUUACGAAAAAGAAGCUAUGCAACAACAAGGCACACAACAGAUGCUAAAUAGCGGCAAUCCUUACGGACAAGCUUUACUUCCCGGCGGACAGCCACAACAACAACAACAACAGCAACAAGUAAAGGCGCCUGGUUUUUAA